UGUUCAUUGGGAGUUGGUGUAGUGCUUCUGCUCAGGCCGUGAAUGAGGAAGUUCAUCAGUGACGGAGUUGCUGUAGUGAAAUCACAGAUCGAUAGUGUCAUUUUAAGACAGAACCAACCUUUAACCAUGGCUCAAGCAGAUAUUGCUCUCAUUGGUCUGGCUGUGAUGGGUCAGAAUCUGGUCCUAAACAUGAAUGACCAUGGAUUUGUGGUCUGUGCGUUCAACAGGACCGUCUCCAAGGUCCAUGAGUUUUUAAACAAUGAAGCCAAAGGCACUAAGGUGAUCGGUGCCGAGUCCCUUGAAGAAAUGGUGUCUAAACUCAAAAAACCUCGUCGCAUCAUCCUCCUCGUCAAGGCAGGACAGGCUGUGGAUGACUUCAUCGAUAAACUGGUUCCUCUUCUUGAACCUGGUGACAUCAUUAUUGAUGGUGGAAAUUCAGAGUACAGAGAUACAACGAGACGUUGUAAGAGCUUGAAGGAGAAGAAUCUUCUGUUUGUGGGUAGUGGAGUGAGUGGGGGAGAAGAAGGGGCGCGUUAUGGUCCCUCCCUGAUGCCUGGAGGACAUAAGGAUGCCUGGCCACACAUAAAAGAGAUUUUUCAGAGCAUUGCCGCCAAGGUGGGCACAGGAGAGCCGUGCUGCGACUGGGUUGGAGAUGAAGGAGCGGGACAUUUUGUUAAAAUGGUCCAUAAUGGCAUUGAAUACGGUGAUAUGCAGCUGAUCUGUGAGGCUUAUCAUCUGAUGAAGGAUGUGCUGUGUAUGGACCAUGACGAAAUGGCUCAGGCCUUCGAUCAGUGGAAUAAGACAGAGCUGGACUCUUUCCUCAUUGAAAUCACCGCCAACAUCCUGAAAUUUAAGGACGCAGAUGGCACUCACCUGCUGCCCAAAAUCAGAGACAGCGCCGGGCAGAAAGGCACCGGGAAAUGGACGGCCAUCUCAGCUUUGGAAUACGGCACGCCUGUCACAUUGAUCGGGGAAGCUGUCUUUGCCAGAUGUCUGUCCUCUCUGAAGGAUGAGAGGGUUCAGGCCAGUAAGAGUCUCUCCGGCCCCCAGGGUGUCAAAUUCACUGGAAACAAGACGCAGUUUCUGGAAGAUAUUAGAAAGGCUUUGUACGCCUCAAAGAUCAUUUCGUAUGCUCAAGGCUUCAUGCUGCUCCGACAGGCUGCCAUAGAGUUUGGCUGGUCUCUAAACUACGGUGCUAUUGCCCUGAUGUGGAGAGGUGGUUGCAUCAUCCGCAGUGUUUUCUUGGGAAAGAUCAAGGAAGCGUUUGACCGGAACUCAGAGCUGCAGAGUUUGCUGCUGGAUGACUUCUUCAGUAAGGCUGUGCAGGACUGUCAGGACUCGUGGCGUAGGGUAGUAAGUACAGGUGUGCAGCAGGGGAUCCCAAUGCCGUGUUUCACCACCGCCCUGUCCUUCUACGACGGUUACAGGCACAACAUGCUCCCAGCAAACCUGCUGCAGGCACAGAGAGACUACUUCGGUGCGCAUACGUAUGAGCUGCUAUCAAACCCUGGGAAGUUCAUCCACACUAACUGGACAGGCCAUGGAGGGAAAGUGUCCUCCUCAUCCUAUAAUGCCUAAAAUGAUGAGUCGUGUUAGGUUAAACAGCAAAGAACAACAUCUCCUCUUGAUGAAGGACCAGAGCAGCUGAUCACAUUCCUCCUGAAGAGCUGAUGUCCAGCCCAAAAUAGAGUUAAAAUUUCUAUUUAUAUUAAAUCAGUAAAUGCACUAUUUGUAAGCUUUUUUCUUGUAGUUUCAAUGUCCACUGUAGCAAACAUUGAGUCCGAGUGUGGUUUCUGAGAUUCUUCCUGCUGUAGACCAGUCUUGCUUCGCCCCCAGAGUUCACAGCGUUAACCCUCACUGCAUUAGGCUAAAUAAAGAUUUCAAUCCCUUUUUAA